AUGGCUGGACGAUGGUCAAAAUUUCUUUUUGAAAGUAGAUGUAGCCGCAAAAAGUUAUAUGGAAAAUGUAGAAUUAAAAGGUUUAUUCAGGCAGUCGAGAAAGAGUCAGAGGUGUUACAGGCUUCAGGAAUGAUCGGAAUGCAGAGCGGAAAUGGCGGAUCAGAGACAGAGUUAAGUAAUAUGAAUCAAAAUGCAAAUCAAAAUGCGACUAUUGUUGGCAGCUCUGCGGAAAGCGCAAGUGAUAAUCUAUUGACAGUAUACAGAACAGUGUAAUUCCCAGUCAAAUUAUAGAGCCAGCAAAUAACCAAGCUUUAAAUAGUGUGAUUGCGAAUCAGAGUGAAGAACUGGCAGACGCCGAAUCAGGAACUAUUUAUAACGCGAAAUCAUGCGGGUUUCAAAUGGAAAAACCGAAGUUGCCUAAGUUUUCCGGAAAUGUACGAGAAUAUGCUAUUUUCAAAGCGGAUUUUAAACACGUUAUCGAGACCAGAUAUAGCAAACGAGACUCGAUAACUAAUAACUUUACUGCGAACUUGUUUAAAAGAAAAGCCCCUAGAGCUCAUUAACGGUAUUGGGUCCGAUUAUAACGCAGCGUGGGAGUAUUUGGACUCCAUAUACGGUGAUGUAAGAUUUGUUUCAGACACAAUCACGCAGGACAUCGUACAGUUCAGGGCUCUGCAAGGGGAAGAAGACGCACACUUCUGUGAUCUUGUACACCUUGUAAAGCGAUGCUACAAUACCUUGAAAGAAGUUGGUGUUCCAAAUGACAUGGACAACAGUCAUAUGCUGUCCAUUAUUGAGAGGAAAAUGUUUCCAAGCGAUAGAAAGGUGUGGUCGAGAGGUCUCGAAAGAGAAAAGAAAUCAGCAACGCUGUAUGGUCCGAUGAGUUGGAUGACCGUAGAGAUGAAAUCGCGAAUGAGAGCAACGGCCCCAGUGAGAACUGGGCAGACAAACUGUCGGGGUAUUAAUCAGUAACUGGCGAAUUUGGUGGUGAAGGUAAGCAUUGGCAUAAGUGUUGGUUAUGCCAUAAUUCAACCCACUGGCCAGAUCAAUGGCCGAAAUUGGCUGUUAUGGGUACUGAUGAGCGGAUGAAUGUUGCCAGAGCCAACUAUGUCUGUUUUAGCUGUCUGAAAAAAGCCGAAAGAGAACACAAGCAAGCCAACUGUAAAAGAAAAAGGCAGUGCACGAAAUUAGACUUGCAUGGAACGCAAUAUACCUCCUUCCAUCAUCCCCUACUACACCGGAGUAAUGUUUGUUCCUGCCAACAUAUUUGGUCAGAACAGUGUCCGGAAACGUGGUAACGUGCUUUUCGAUUCUGGAGCACAAAUUAGCUUGAUCCGUCAAGAUACAGCUGACUGUUUGGGACUUAAAUGAAAGGGUAUUUCAGCUGACAAUUACUAAAGUCGGCGGACAAGAAGAAGAAUUGAAAACAAAGGUUUACCGAGUUCCGAUCAGUGCCAUAGAAAACCCAAGAAAGCAUUCUGUGAAAGCAAUAGGAAUUCCACACAUACGUGAAGAGAUUGUAAGCGUCAAUGCUGCAGGUAUUACCGAGCAUCUUGGACUGACUAACGAGAAGAUCAGACGUGGAAAAGGACCAGUUGAUCUCCUGAUAGGAAUUGAUCACGCCCACCUCCACACUGGACAGACAAUUAAAGAAAGUGGACCACCUAGUAGCCAGAAAGUCACCGUUAGGAUGGAUAUUGUUUGGGUCGACUCCUGGAGGCACAACCUGUGAUGCAAAUCGAGUUUAAUCGAAAUUAAGUCCUGUGUAUGCGAAGCCGACAAGCUAACUCAAGUCGAGGGAGAAUAGAAAAUCAUGAUCGAGAAUUCUGCGGAAAAAAAUGGAAAGCAAUGGAUGAUUCCGUAUCCAUGGGAAAAGGAUCCGAGUUUACUCCCAGACAACAAGAAUCAAGAGGUGAAACGAUUGGAAUCGACUGAACGUCGCCUCUUAAAGGACCCAGAUCAAGCCACAGCGUAUGACAAUCAAAUGGUAGAGAUGGAAGAAAUAAAUAAAGUUUGCUCGUAAGCUGUCCAAUGAGGAAAUGGAGAAUUACAAGGGUCCAGUCCACUAUAUCUCGCAUCACGCAGUGUUACGGCCAGAAAAGAAAAGCACCCCAGUCCGCCUUGUGUUCAAUUCGUCGUCUGUAUACCAGGGAAACAGACUGAAUGAUUACUGGAAAAAGGGAUCCGAUCUGUUAAACAAUCUGUUUGGUGUCGUUCUGCGUUUCAGAGAGAAGGACGUAGCUGUCAGUGGUGACAUUUCAAAAAUGUACCAUCGUGUUCUUAUCCCUGAGAGAGAUCAACAUGUCCACCGCUUCGUGUGGAUAAACCUUGAAACAAAAAGAGAACCUGAUGUGUACGUGAAAACGGUGCUUACGUUUGGAGAUAAGCCAGCCCCAGCUAUGGCGCAGAUAACCCUGCAGAAGACCGCUGAAGAAAACGAAAUCCUCCACCCACAAGCCGCGAAAGCCAUCAAAGAGAACUCAUACAUGGACGAUAUUUGCGACUCGGCAGACACGGUUGAGGAAGCGCGCAAGCAAACAGACGAUAUCGACAAGGUACUGGAGACAGGCGGUUUUAAUGUCCAAGGCUGGACUUCCAAUAAGACACUAAAAGAAGACGAUAACAAUGAUGAGACGGAGAUGAUAUUGUUCAAAGGAGAUGUUGAAGAAAAGGUUCUUGGAAUCGAGUGGAAUAAUCAUACUGACAAGUUUUCAUUCAAGAUCAAGAACAACCUACUCGAACUCACAAAUACGGAAGAUUCUGGUCAGAACCAGCUACGCCUAACGAAGAGAAAGGUAUUAAGUCAGAUCGCGAGAAUAUAUGACCCCGUUGGAUUUGCAGCAGCAUUUCUAAUCCGUGCUAAGAUCGGAAUGCAACAGUUAUGGGAGAUGGGAUAUGACUGGGACGAAGAGCUUCCCGCAGAAACUUGCCAGAAAUGGAUAGAACUGUUCAAAGAGCUAGAAAAGUUAAAUGAAGUUACAUUUCCCCGGUGUUUAACCCCUACGGCUGCAAUGGGAUCGCUAAUGUUAUGUGUUUUCUCGGAUGCCUCAAGAAAAGCUUUUGGAGCUUGUGCGUACCUACGAUGGCUCAUCGGUAACGGGAAAUAUGAAUCGAGAUUCAUAGCUGCAAAAUCAAAAGUCGCGCCACUGAAGGAAUGCUACAAGCAGCUGUUCUAGCCUCAAGAUUGGGAAAGAGCAUUCGUGAAGAAUCACGUUUACAGUUCGAAAGGAUCAUUUACCUCACUGAUAGUGGAAUUGUUUUAGCCUGGAUCUGCAGUCAAGCUAGAAGUUACAAGCCCUUCAUUUCAGCUAGAGUUCGCUAGAGAGUUCGCUAGAGAGCUAGUCAAAACAACUCGGAUCCUUUCCAAUGGAGACACGUUUCAGCAGAACAAAACGUGGCAGACGAAUUAUCUCGUGGUAUCACAGUUCCAGAGCUCAGCAAUCGGUGGAAACAAGGCCCAGAGUUUCUUCAAUUAUCGGAAGACGAGUGGCAACAGGAAGCAGUAGCAGUUGACGAAGAGCUCGACAAAGUGAAUGAAGAGCGUCGAAAAGCCGAGAUAGUUUGCAAGUUGGCGUUAGCGAAAGCAGAAGAAGCUAUAAAUAUCAGGACAUUUUCUAGUUUUUCACGAAUAAGAAGAUUGCUUCAAAAUUUUGUCCGCGCAAGGCGAGAAGAAAGAAGAGAGAACAACCAUAGUCUAGAUAUGAAGAGCCCGCUCGCGCCACAGGAAUUGCGAGAAGCAGAGUUGUUCUGGAUUCAAGAAGCCAGAAAAGCUUGA